GUGUCUGGCAGCGCCUCUCCCGGAGCGACAGUCGUCGGAGAGCGCCCGGCGGCAGAAGGGGGCGUUCGGGUCGGUCGUGACGCUAACCGCCCUAACGUCUCCAGCCACACGCGCGUGGGCCCCAGGCGAGGAAGUCGCCCUGGAAGAACCACGGUCUCGAGAUGUUUACCACAUGCGUGCAAGUAAUUGUUGUACUUAUUGUCUGCAUCUCCGCGAUAGCGCGCACUCAGCCCAGUGCGCACCAGUACGGGAAGCGGUCCCAAGCAUGUGGCAAAGACCUAGCAAACAUGCUCCAGUUGGUGUGCGGCAGUCGGUACAACAACCUCUUCAAGAAGUCUCCUCCGGAAGAUAACUUACGAUGGGCUGCCUUGAUCAGACGCCUGGUUGACACCGCUGGUGACCUUUCGCUGCAGCAGCAACAACAACAGGCAAGGUCGGUGAUCCCGGGCGCUUUCCGGCGACUGAAGCGAGGCCUGGUGGACGAGUGCUGCGCCAAGAGCUGCUCCAUAGACGAGAUGAGGAGCUACUGCGCGCCUCCCUGAGACAAGUCGUCUGCGGAGCUCACACACGUUUUGACUGCAGGCUACGGAUCCUAUCACCCGGCGUGAAUCGCAGGACACUACCAUGUGGGGAGCGACGUUUCAGGGUUCUCAAGAACCAAGGCUGAAACGAGUGUUUUAUUUUACCCGGAGCACGAACUGAUUAUGAGCAUUAUUUAUUGUUUUACUUUGUUUUUAUUUUAUGCUACGUUGAUGCCCAUGGCAUGUCUAUUAACUUGAUUGUUUUUAAUCAAGGACUUUUAUAUUGUAAUAUGUAUACAGGAAUGUCAAAUAAAUGUAUUUUACUUAUGUUCCGUAUUAAAAUGUAGCUUGUCAGUUGAAAUUUUAAUUGCUCAAGACAUUAAAAUAUAUAAGUAUACACUAAUAUUUCUAAGGUGACAGCUCACAUCACAUGGUGCUAUGAUGUUCACCUACUACCUAAUGUCCACGUUAGUUCAACUUUAUUAUAUUUUUUAUCAUACUAAAUUGUUAAGUUUUGAUUUGGUAAACAAAUGAUGUGAAAUCAAUUUAAAAAUAUCAGAAUUUGUAAUAACAACCCAUUUUAUGUUAAAUUUUUCAUGUAUAAGCAUUUUAGCUCUCUGUAUACAGAAUUGGGUAGUAGUUUCCUGAAAAUGGAACUGAAGUCGACGAACGGAAAUGUGACACAAAGAUGGAGGACCCACGUGUAGCAACAUAAACCAGUAUAUAUAGUCACCUUCUGUAACAUUAGGGUACAUACCAAAUGUAUGUGUGCCAAAUGAAACUUUAUGAUAAUGAAACUACCCUGGAAUAUAUUUGAUAAGCUAAAGUAAUCUAAUUAUACGUCAAACUUGUAUAUUGUCAGAUUAAAGUGUGUACUUAAGUACCAACACCAAGCCUCUUAUGUCAGCCCAUUUCCCUGACUUUUCUAUGCUUCUAUGUUCCACCUAACUUUUUUCUGUCUCAUCUGUUUAUCUGGCAGUUU